AUGACGGAGACGAUGAUAAGGAAGAAGACAGGAAUGGUGAGUGUGAGGGAUAUGCCUCUGCUUCAGGAUGGACCACCACCGGGUGGGUUCCCGCCGGGACGAUAUGCUCGCCGGAUAUCCAACACGGGUCCUAGCGCCAUGGCUAUGUUCCUUGCGAUGUCUGGUGCCUUUGCUUGA